AUUUGUUCCAUCUUAGCGAUAAGCGAGGUUGGAGUAAGCUUAGAACGCAAAUGAAUUUGGACCACAUACACAGGCCGCUGGGUAAUGUGGCUCAGUACAGCUGCAGCACAUCUUCCAUGCAUGGAUACGAACAUUUUAGGAGCCAGUACGAAAAUAUCCAAGUGAGCGGAAGCAUAAAGACUACAAUAUACGAAAAUAGGAUGUUUAUCAAGUUCACAAUUCUGAAGGAUCAAGUAGAUCAUUACAAGACUUGCAUCUCUGCCGUGGAAGUCCGAUGGCUCAGAGAUAUCGAUGUAGAUGCGUCUCUCCUAGGAUCUCUCAGUUGGCUUGUGCCCAAACUAGAAGGAUGGGUGGUCGGAAAUCUCAGAUAUACCGCUCUGCCUGUUUUGGAAACAUGCAUCAAAGAAGCCUUUGAAGACGCUAUAGCUAAGACAAACUGUGCUGCUCUGGUAUUUCAUUAAAUAUUCC